CUUCUUUCUUUGUCUGCCAAACACCACACAUUCUCUGCAAAAUCUUCUCCGACUUCUCACCUCUUCGCCUUCUCUCCAUCUUCCUGACCUCCUCUGCAAAUCCCAUUCAAAAUGCCCCCGCCGGGCUACGUGUUUCGCGAUGGUGGAGCGACUCCUCCAGCAGAAGAGAUGCCAGACUCUGAAUUCCGUCAACGAGUUACUGCAGCCACAAAACCAGUGACCGCAACUGCACAGGCUCCCCUGGGUCAAAAUACCACUACAAGCCACCAACUGGCCACCGGUGCGGGUGAUCAUGAAGUCCUGGGGACGGCUCAAAAGGCUGGUAAGGAGGACCGCACCACUAAUCUGGGAUGGCAAGCCAACGCUGUGGGUGUAGAUACUUUGGUGGGUGGACUGCCCAAUGAAGACCUGUGGACGUUGGUGAGGAGGUUCAACAAGCAAAUGUACCAUGUUAAAGCCAUCCCUCAAGCUCCGCCCGGUGGACUGGAUCUGAACAUCGCAGAUGAGGACGACUUCUCGCCCGACAAACUGCGUGCCAGCAUCGAGCGGCUGUACAUGACUGUCAUUGUGGGCUUCAUUGCGUUUGGCAAACACAUUGCAAGACUGAGAUCAUGGCGGGAACCUCGUCGGACAAUUGCCUUCGCGACCGUCUAUUUUCUGGCUUGGAUCUUUGACUUUAUUGUUCCCGUGAUGUUGACCACAAUCAUCGUCCUCAUCACAGUACCGCGGUCUCGCUCCAUCCUCUUUCCUCCUGCACCAAUCGCCCUGGUCAACCACAAGACAGGGGGUGUUCAGAAACCCAAAGCCGGAGUGCUUGGUAGCACCGACAGUGUGACUGGCGCACCUGAGAAAUACAAGGGCGAAGCGGUUGAGCAAGAAGCUAGCAACCUUGUCAACGGUAUUGCUUCGGUCGCCAUUUCGAGUGCUGCAGGUCGCCAUGACCAAUCCAACCCGGACGAGGAGGGAGGUAGUAAGACUCUGGAUAAGAACAUGCCUGACCCGACUCAAAUUGCUACUUCAACAGCCGAUGCUUCUUCAGCGGCGCAGGGCGGAACUCCGGAAAAGGCUCAUGACAAGACGAAGCAACCCAUGGAGGAGGCCGUCUGGGCAAAGAUGCGUCCUGCAAUGCACGCCAUUGGGGAUAUCGCGGAUGUGUGGGAACGUUUUGCCAAUGCCUUGUCACCUACACCACCAUUUGAGCAGAACAAGCGCUUGCAAUUGGGGGCCAUCUUUGUUCCUGUGCUGCUUCUGUCGUUGUUCGUCAAAUCACAAUGGGUCGUCAAGGGUACGACGUUCUUCACUGGCUUCGCGUUCUUCUCGGAUCCACUGAUGCAACGAGGCAUUCAGCUGUUGAACGAAAAGGUCCCCGACUGGCCGAAAUACCUCGAGCUUCGGAACACACUCCUCAAAGGUGUACCUACCAAUGCCCAACUUACCAUUACCUUGCUCCGCAUUGGCGAAGCCAAUCGGGCUCCCUUGCCACCUCCACCGAGAUCAGAUCAACCUCCCCCAGAUAAGCCGGCGGAGGACGUUGACAAGCACGCAAUCACCGAGAACGGGCUUGAUGCGUCACACGCUGAGAUUGAAGAUGCCAUUACUGUCGACCAACCAAGUAGCGAAGAAGCUGUACAUGGUGAAGAACAAACGAAGAAGAAAGGAGGCUUCGGCGCCAAGAUACUGUCUGCCUUCAAGCAUACUACUGCUGGGGGCGUCGAGACCAAGCUUACAGUAGACUCUGCUAAAGCUGCACUUGGUUCUCAUCAUGCCAAGGAGAAGCUGGGCGUGUUGCCCACUCGUGCUGAGAUGCAGAAGAAACCGGUCGAAGGACCAGUCGAAUUCCGAGGACGGUACAACGGUCGCAAGGGUGCCGUGUAUGUCGACAGUUCGGUAUCUCCUGCCAACGGCAGGAGACCUGCCUCGCCGUGUGUCUACUUCACGACACAUCUUGAUGGGCACGAGGUGGUCGAGAGCAUGCCCCGAGAUCCGGACUUUGCGGUGUCGAUUGCUGAUAUCGCGGAGAUCAAGAAGGUCGGUGGUCUGGGAUGGAAGGGGAAGAUCGUGGUUGGGUGGGCGACGAGCAGAGAGGUCAAGGAUGGGAUUGAGAUUGUGACGAAAGAUGGGAGGAGAUACCGUGCUAUGGCUCUUGCGGAGAGAGAUGAGCUGUUCAAUCGUCUGGUGGCGAUGGGCCAGCAGGUUUGGGAGAGUUAUUGAUUUGAUGGAGGUUGAGAACAAGACAUCUAUUACGAUCAGUCCAACAGUACGGAGUAUGAGCACAUCAAUGAUUGAUACGAGACUCGAAUCAUUCAUUUCGCUUUGCUCUGUGGCUUAUCAGAAGAAUGAAUACCCCGUGGUCGAUCCCAA